AUGGAACGUAGCUGGAAUAUGGAAAGAAUUAAUAUUAAAUUUGAGUUCAACAAAAUUUUACUCGAAUUAAAGAAUAUCUUGUUGGAUCGAUGUGAGGUAUGAAAAUCAUUACGUUUCUAAAUAACAAAAAAAACUUAAGUAUUUUUUUUCAGAUAGCAGGACGCGAUAUCAAUUCUUAUGCUACUCAAGAGUUAAGAGAGUAUACAUUAGAGGUAUACCAAGAAUACGGUUGUGAUUAUAAAAAACGAAAUAUUUUUCAGAGAAUUACUAGGGAUCAAAUCAAUUAUUUGAUUGAAAAUGUUGAACGACUUAUGUCUGAUAAACAUGAAAUUGUGGAUGUUGAGAAUCAAAUUGAGUUUGCUCAAAUGACUGGAAGAGAAACUAUUUCACUCGUAGACAAAUGGGAAACUUUAGAUGAAAAAUUCCAAAUUGAUGUUAAAGCUUUUUUAGAAGAUUUGAGAAGUAUUUUCAUUAAAAAUUAUUAA